GCAGUACUUUGCUGUAAUAUAGAAUUUUUUUGCAGUACUGUGCCGAAGAUGGAAAGCCUAUUGUGCAACGAAGUCUGGCUAAUGAGCCCUAACGCCAUGGGAGAAAGUGACGAAUUAGGAGAGGAAGUUCCCGUUUCAGUGUUUGCUUCCGAACAAGAAUGUGAACAAGUUGUGAGAAAUAUUUUAGAUAAAGAGACAAAGUACACGCCGGAAUCGGGAUACUUGGAGAGUCUUCUCACGAAUGAUUUGAUGCGCAGUUGCAGGUUCAAAGCAGUUAAUUGGCUUGUUGAGUCUAGGAAGAGAUUGGAUCUUUCGCUUGGAACUGUUUUUAUCGCCGUGAAUUGUCUGGACAGAUUCGCCUCACUUCCUCGAUGCAAAGGAUGGAAAGAUUGGAUGUUUGAAUUGCUGUCGAUUGCCUGUUUAUCUGUGGCGUCGAAAUUCAAUGAAACUGAUGUUCUCUCGUUGCGAGAAUUCCAGGGAAAUGGUUUGCUUCACUCCUUUGCUCCCAGUCUGAUUCAGCGAAUGGAGUUGACACUCUUGAAGGGUUUAGGGUGGAGGCUGGCAUCAACAACCUCAUUUUCUUACUUGGAGUUACUGAUUAAUGAUGAUUUGAAUAAAACCCUUGUGAUGGAUUCAAGAUAUGGAAGAGUUACUGAACUCCUAAUCAAUGUGUUGUUAGACCCUAAAUUCUUAGAAUUCCGUCCACACUUUAUUGCCAUAUCUGCAGUCAAAUGCGUGUUUGGAGAUGUGCUUCAUCCAACAUUUGAUACUUCAGUCUUUGCAUUUCUAAACAAUCUUGUGUCUCAAAACCAGGAUGAUUUCUGCAAGUGCCAAAGGGCCAUGGAGAAGCUGCAGGAUCAAAACAUCUUAGCUCCUGGGAAUUCUUGGAACGAUCCAUCAAGUCCGGUCACAGUAUUGUUGGAGGAGGAGUGGUUCAAUAUCUGCUCGACUGACUCCAGAUCAAGUAAAAAGAGAGAGAGAAGAACAAUAAUAUGUGAUUUGAAUUAAGAUUCUUUACAUUGAAUAUGCCAAUUGUGUUGCUGUGGUAUUGUAGGAAUAAGAUUCAUUAACUGUGUUUUGUUGUUGUUG